UUCUCUCCGCCACCUGGCUCUGCCUUGCUUUCAUGUCUGUGCUGGGCACCUCCCGGGUGGGGGUCUGGGUCUCUGCCUCAUCUCGCUAUUUCUGUCUUCUCUGUAUUUCAUUCGCUCUGCCUGCUUUCCUCCAUCUCCAUUCCUUCUUCCUGAGGUUGGUGUUUGCCUGACUCUGGGUGGCUGUGGGUCCCUGCCUUCCAAUUCUGGGCUUGCCUUCUAUGCCCCCCAACUUUCUCAUCUCUCCACCUCCCCGCUUUUCUCUUCCUCUCUCCUUGCCUCACCACCAUCCUCUCUUGGUCCUUCUCUUGGGUCUGUGUCCAUCUGAGCCUCUCCUUCCAUCUAUCCUUACUCCUUCCCUGACCAUCUCUGACUGUCCCCUCUCCUUCGGCCUCACUCCCGUCUGUUCCUGUUUUUGUCCCAUCUCUGGGUCUCUUUCCCAUCGGUAUGACCACUGUCCAUUCCAUCCCUGUCUCCUUCCCUCCCUUACCUCUGCAUCUUCCCUGACCCCAUUACUCACCCCCUCCCGCCUUUGCGUCUCCUGGUUCCCACAUUCCAUUCCUCCAUCUUCCCCCACCCCUCCCUCUAUUUGGAUUCCAUCUUUCCCUUCCGCUCCCUCCACUGCCUUUCCCGCUGUCUCUUCGUGUCUCUGGUCUGUGUCUCUGUCUUCAUCUGUUUCUCUCUAUGCUUCUGCCUCUCCGUCUCUCACCCAACUUUCCCCUCUCAUCCUGACUCUGCGUCUUCCCUCACUGGAUCCCACUGUCUCUGUCACCUUCCCCAUCUCCGAUUCUCGAUCACUGUCUCCUCCUUCUGUCUCGGUCUCCCUUUAUCUCUGUCCCUCAUCUCUGUUUCUCUCCGUGUCUGCCCCUCCCUCUUCUCCAUCACCCAACCUUCCCCUCUCGCCCCGUCUCUCCUGUGCUUCCCCUCGGGCUCUGCCCUCGCCUCCCGUCCGCGCAGAGGCCGCCCGGCGGGGCCCGCAGGCGAUGCGCGGCGCCGGUGGCCCCCACGGCCCUCGGGGCCCCGCUAAGAUGUUGCUGCUGCUGGCACUGGCGUGCGCCAGCCCGUUCCCGGAGGAGGCGCCGGGGCCGGGCGCGGCCGGCGGGGGCACGGGCGGGGCGCGGCCGCUCAACGUGGCGCUGGUCUUCUCUGGCCCCGCAUACGCGGCCGAGGCGGCGCGCCUGGGCCCGGCCGUGGCGGCGGCAGUUCGCAGCCCCGGCCUGGACGUGCGGCCAGUGGCGCUGGUGCUCAACGGCUCGGACCCUCGCAGCCUUGUGCUGCAGCUCUGCGACCUGCUGUCGGGGCUGCGCGUGCACGGCGUGGUAUUCGAGGACGACUCGCGCGCGCCCGCCGUCGCGCCCAUUCUCGACUUCCUGUCGGCGCAGACCUCGCUGCCCAUCGUGGCCGUGCACGGCGGCGCCGCGCUCGUGCUCACGCCCAAGGAGAAGGGCUCCACCUUCCUGCAGCUCGGCUCCUCCACAGAGCAGCAGCUGCAGGUCAUUUUUGAGGUGCUGGAGGAGUACGACUGGACAUCGUUUGUGGCAGUGACCACGCGUGCCCCAGGCCACCGGGCCUUCUUGUCAUACAUCGAGGUGCUGACUGACGGCAGCCUGGUGGGCUGGGAGCACCGAGGAGCGUUGACACUGGACCCCGGGGCUGGUGAGGCUGUCCUGGGCGCACAGCUCCGGAGCGUCAGCGCGCAGAUCCGCCUGCUCUUCUGCGCCCGCGAGGAAGCAGAGCCUGUUUUCCGGGCAGCAGAAGAGGCUGGCCUCACGGGGCCUGGCUACGUCUGGUUCAUGGUGGGACCCCAGCUGGCUGGAGGCGGGGGCUCCGGGGUCCCUGGGGAGCCCCUUCUUCUACCAGGAGGCGCCCCACUGCCUGCGGGGCUGUUCGCAGUGCGCUCUGCUGGCUGGCGUGACGACUUGGCACGUCGAGUGGCUGCUGGUGUGGCGGUGGUGGCCAGAGGCGCCCAAGCCCUGCUGCGAGACUAUGGCUUCCUGCCUGAGCUGGGCCACGACUGCCGCGCCCAGAAUCGCACCCACCGCGGGGAGAGUCUGCACAGGUACUUCAUGAACAUCACCUGGGAUAACCGAGACUACUCCUUCAAUGAAGAUGGCUUUCUGGUGAACCCUUCACUGGUGGUCAUCUCCCUCACCAGAGACAGGACGUGGGAAGUGGUGGGCAGCUGGGAACAGCAGACCCUCCGCCUCAAGUACCCGCUAUGGUCCCGCUAUGGCCGCUUCCUGCAGCCAGUGGAUGACACACAGCACCUCACUGUGGCCACGUUGGAGGAGAGACCCUUUGUUAUUGUGGAGCCAGCAGACCCCAUCAGCGGCACUUGUAUUAGAGACUCAGUCCCCUGCCGCAGCCAGCUCAACCGUACCCACAGCCCUCCGCCCGACGCCCCCCGCCCGGAGAAGCGGUGUUGUAAGGGUUUCUGCAUCGACAUUCUGAAGAGGCUGGCGCAUACCAUUGGUUUCAGCUAUGACCUCUACCUGGUCACGAACGGCAAGCAUGGCAAGAAGAUCGAUGGUGUCUGGAACGGCAUGAUUGGUGAGGUGUUCUAUCAGCGUGCGGACAUGGCCAUCGGGUCUCUUACCAUCAAUGAGGAGCGGUCCGAGAUCGUGGACUUCUCCGUCCCCUUUGUAGAGACGGGCAUCAGCGUCAUGGUGGCACGCAGCAAUGGCACUGUAUCCCCCUCUGCCUUCCUGGAGCCCUACAGCCCCGCUGUGUGGGUGAUGAUGUUCGUCAUGUGCCUCACCGUGGUCGCCGUCACCGUUUUCAUCUUUGAGUACCUCAGUCCUGUGGGCUAUAACCGCAGCCUGGCCACAGGCAAACGCCCUGGUGGCUCUACCUUCACCAUUGGGAAAUCCAUCUGGCUGCUGUGGGCCCUGGUGUUCAACAACUCGGUGCCGGUGGAGAAUCCUCGGGGCACCACCAGCAAGAUCAUGGUUCUGGUGUGGGCCUUCUUUGCCGUCAUCUUUCUCGCCAGCUACACAGCCAACUUGGCCGCCUUUAUGAUCCAGGAGGAGUACGUGGACACCGUGUCUGGGCUCAGUGACCGAAAGUUCCAGCGGCCCCAGGAGCAGUACCCACCCUUGAAGUUUGGGACGGUGCCCAACGGGUCCACGGAGAAGAAUAUCCGCAGCAACUACCCUGAUAUGCACAGCUACAUGGUGCGGUACCAGCCGAGAGUGGAGGAGGCCCUCACACAGCUCAAGGCAGGGAAACUGGACGCCUUCAUCUAUGACGCGGCAGUGCUCAACUACAUGGCCCGCAAGGAUGAGGGCUGCAAGCUGGUCACCAUCGGCUCCGGCAAGGUCUUCGCCACCACUGGUUACGGCAUCGCCCUGCACAAGGGCUCCCGCUGGAAGCGGCCCAUCGACCUGGCGCUGCUGCAGUUCCUGGGGGACGAUGAGAUUGAAAUGCUGGAGCGGCUGUGGCUUUCCGGGAUCUGCCACAAUGACAAAAUCGAGGUGAUGAGCAGCAAGCUGGAUAUCGACAACAUGGCAGGUGUCUUCUACAUGCUCCUCGUGGCCAUGGGCCUCUCCUUGCUGGUCUUCGCUUGGGAACAUCUGGUUUACUGGCGCCUGCGGCAUUGCCUGGGGCCCACCCACCGCAUGGAUUUCCUGCUGGCCUUCUCCAGGGGCAUGUAUAGCUGCUGCAGCGCCGAGGCUGCUCCACCGCCUGCCAAGCCUCCGCCCCCGCCGCAGCCGCUGCCCAGCCCCGCAUACCCCACCGCGCGUCCGCCCCCUGGCCCUGCGCCUUUCGUGCCCCGAGAGCGUGCAGCCGCCGACCGCUGGCGCCGGGCCAAGGGCCCCGGGCCUCCGGGGGGCGCAGCGCUGGCCGACGGCUAUCACCGAUAUUACGGUCCCAUCGAGCCGCAGGGGCUGGGCCUCGGCGAGGCGCGCGCGGUACCCAGAGGCGCGGCCGGACGCCCGCUGUCCCCAUCCGCCACACAGCCCCCGCAGAAGCCACCACCCUCCUACUUCGCCAUCGUGCGCGACCAGGAGCCGGCCGAGCCCCCCGCCGGAGCCUUCCCCGGCUUCCCAUCUCCGCCCGCGCCGCCCGCCGCCGCAGCUGCCGCCGUCGGGCCGCCACUGUGCCGCCUGGCUUUCGAGGACGAGAGCCCUCCCGCGCCCGCGCGCUGGCCGCGUUCCGACCCCGAGAGCCAGCCGCUGCUGGGUGGGGGCGCGGGCGGCCCGAGCGCGGGGGCCCCGACCGCACCACCGCCGCGCCGCGCCGCGCCACCACCGUGCGCCUACAUGGACCUCGAGCCGUCGCCUUCGGACUCCGAGGACUCGGAGAGCCUGGGCGGAGCGUCGCUCGGCGGCCUGGAGCCCUGGUGGUUCGCCGACUUCCCCUACCCGUACGCCGAGCGCCUCGGGCCACCGCCCGGCCGCUAUUGGUCGGUCGACAAGCUCGGGGGCUGGCGCGCCGGCAGCUGGGACUACUUGCCCCCGCGCGGCGGCCCCGCGUGGCACUGCCGCCACUGCGCCAGCCUGGAGCUGCUACCGCCGCCGCGCCACCUCAGCUGCUCGCACGACGGCCUAGACGGCGGCUGGUGGGCGCCUCCGCCGCCACCCUGGGCUGCGGGGCCACCGCCCAGGCGCCGGGCACGCUGUGGGUGUCCGCGCCCACACCCUCACCGUCCGCGGGCCUCCCACCGUGCGCCCGCCGCCGUGCCGCACCACCACCGACACCGGCGCGCGGCCGGCGCCUGGGACCUCCCGCCGCCCGCGCCCACCUCGCGAUCGCUCGAGGACCUGAGCUCCUGCCCACGGGCGGCCCCCGCACGCAGGCUCACCGGGCCCUCGCGCCACGCGCGCCGCUGCCCUCACGCUGCGCACUGGGGGCCGCAGCUGCCCACUGCACCGCACCGGAGACACCGGGGCGGGGACCUGGGCACGCGCAGGGGCUCUGCGCACUUCUCCAGCCUGGAGUCCGAGGUAUGACGCGGCUCCGGGGGCCCCCCGCCGCCCUCUCGGUCAGCGCAGGCCACGGCCCGAGGGGGCGCUCUAUAGUGG